GUGGAUUCUCUCUUCUUCCGCCGACCAGCUCAGCUGUCAUUACAGGAUCACUUUCAUAUCUGGGAUAGCUUGAGCAAUACCAGAAUUCGUAGCUACCGUGGCUUUUGGGGCAGAUCGUUAGCUGUUGAAAAAGUGGCUGGAGGCUCGCUAAGAUGAUCAGGGCUGGCGGUGUUUUGAAGUUAGCAGCGCUCAUCUUUGCGUUCCUCUUGGCCGUCUUUCUGGCUUUUCAACUGCUAGAGAUCAACAUGGAUUUUAAACUGAGCAGUGUGUUGUCAAGAGCUAUGCCAGUUAAUGAAGGAUUAAAGCCAGUCAAGUACAAGUGUGGGCUGUCCAAGUCAUGUCCACCUGGACACUUCGCCUUCAAGAUAGCGAGUGGGGCAGCCAGUGUGGUGGGGCCCAGAAUGUGUCUGGAGGACAAAUUACUAAUGAGCGGUGUUAAGAACAAUGUGGGGAGAGGAAUCAACAUUGCCCUGGUUAAUGGUAAAACAGGGGACGUUAUCAAGACAAACUUUUUUGAUAUGUGGGCAGGAGAUGUGGCUCCUUUCAUUAAAUUCCUGAAGGAAAUUGAGGAAGGGACAGUUGUGAUGAUGGCUUCAUUCGAUGAUUCCUCAACAAAACUCAGUGAUGAAGCCAGGAAGCUAAUUGCUGAUCUGGGCAGCUCAGCUAUUAAUAGUUUGGGCUUCCGGGAUAACUGGAUCUUUGUAGGAGGGAAAGGCAUCAAGACCAAGAGUCCAUUUGAGCAGCAUGUAAAGAACAGUGCAGACACCAACAAAUUUGAGGGCUGGCCCGAGGUGUUGGAGAUGGAAGGCUGCGUGCCUCAGAGGCAGGACUGAUCCGAGCUCCUGCUGUAAUCGUCGACCACCCCUUUCUAGUCCUGCAUGUCCACCUGGCCAUCCUGAAAUUCCUGAGAGUUUUUCAUAAUUUUAUGCUUCUUUUGGCUGAGAGAUCAUUUUACAACUCUCAUCCCCAAACCUUUUAUUAAAUUUUACCUACCACAACAAAGCACCAUCUUGCCAGAAGAUAUUAGUAGGAAUGAGGAACUGGCAUGAACUUUCAGUCAGCCAGAAACUGAAGCUCGGACCUUCUCGCACUCUUCUGUCUGAUUGGAUAUUGUAACAUAGAUUCUUAUUUGGGGUUGUAAAUGAAAUUGGUAGGUAGAGUGCACUGGACAUACCUUUGAUCAUUGGCAUACUGUCACAGCUGUAAGGCCCACACGCUUAGUUGUGUUGCGUUAUUGCACUGUUGUGGAUGGAAAUGGAUUUCAUUGCCCAGAAGUGGAUAAUUGCUAUUACCUGUUCCCUGCCUUAAUAUCAUUAACCUAUUCAUGUUUUUGUUUUUUUUUUACUUUUCAUAUGACUUUGUGGUUCCUUUGUUUCUUUCAGAGUUGUUUAUUUUGAGAAACUUAAUUUUAACAGGGCUUGAAAAGGCUUCUUUCCAUGAUAUUAUAACCAAAUGUACCAAAUUCACUGUGAAAUUUGUAAAUAUUACUUUCAAGUAGGGUUCAGAUCUGAGAAAAUUCUAAUUUAAUAAACAUUGUAAUAAUAUAAUUUCCAGAAAUAAAUGAUAUUGUUAGUAAUA